AUGAGGUUCGCAGUCGCAUCUAUUAUUCUUUCUGCUAUCAAGUUAGUGGUUGCACAGGCCCCAUCGAGUCCUGCUUCUUACUUCAAACAAACAACUGCUAACCGACGCGACAGGUUAGACAGACGGCUCCUCUCCCUCUCUCUGCCCAGCUCUAACCUCUCUCUUUCUUCCUUUCCUUUUCUUUCUUUUAUUCAUUCUUCUCCCUUUCUUUCUUUUUUCUAUUUUCCCUCCUUUAUAUCUUUUAUUCUCUCUUUUUGUUCUUUCUUUCUUUUAUUUCCACUUCCUUAUUCUUUUCUUUUAGUCUCUCUUCUCUCAUUUCAUACUUUUCUUUUUUCUUUUAUUCACUUACUCUCCUUUUCUUCUUUUAUUCUCUCCCUCUAUUUCUUUCUUUCUUUCUUUCUUUCUUUCUUUUUAUUUUUCUUGCUUUUAUUCACCUCUUCCCUUCAUUCUUUCUUUCUUUUACUUUUCCUUCUAUUUUCUUUCUUUCUCUCUUUAUUUUUAUCUUUCUUUCUUUCUUUCUUUCUUUCUUUCUUUCUUUCUUUCUUUCUUUCUCUCUUUCUUUCUUUCUUUCUCUCUUUCUCUCUUUCUCUCUUUCUUUCUUUCUCUCUUUCUUUCUUUCUUUCUUUCUUUCUUUCCUUCCUUCCUUCUUUCUUUCUUUCUUGCUUUCUUCAGUCAUUUCUUUUUUACUUUUCUUGCUUUUAUUCACCUCUUCCCUUCUUUCUUUCUUUCUUUUUUCUUUCUUUCUUUCUUUCUUUCUUUCUUAACUUUUUCUUUUUACUUGUAAUUCGAGCCCCUUCUUUCUUUCUUUCUUUCUUUCUUUCUUUCUUUCUUUCUUUCUUCACCCCUUCUUUCUUUCUUUCUUUCUUUCUUUCUUUCUUUCUUUCUUUCUUUCUUUCUUUCUUUGCUUUUUUAUUUGCUUUCUGCUGCUUUGCUUGCUUAUCUAUCUAUCUAUCUAUCUAUCUAUCUAUCUAUCUAUCUAUCUAUCUAUCCCAAUAUUUUCAUUAUCUAUCUAUAUUUCUAUCUAUCUAUCCCAAUAUUUUCACUAUCUAUCUAUCUAUCUAUCUAUCUAUCUAUCUAUCUAUCCCAAUAUUUCUUAUCUAUCUAUCUUUCUAUCUAUCCCAAUAUUUUCAUGUCUAUCAUUUAUCUAUCUAUCUAUCUAUCUAUCUAUCUAUCUAUCUAUCCCAAUAUUUUCUAUCCAUCAAUCUAUUUUCUAUCUAUUCAUCUAUCUAUCUAUCUAUCUAUCUAUCUAUCUAUAUAUUUCACAUCUAUCAUAUCUAUCUAUCCCAAUAUUUUCACUAUCUAUCUAUCUAUCUAUCUAUCUAUCUCUAUCUAUCUAUCUAUCUAUCUAUCUAUCCCAAUAUUUUCACUAUCUAUCUAUCUAUCUAUCUAUCUAUCUAUCUAUCUAUCUAUCUAUCUAUCUAUCUAUCUAUCUAUAUUUUCAUAUCUUUAUCUAUCUAUCUCAAUAUUUUCAUUAUCUAUCUAUCUAUCUAUCUAUCUAUCUAUCUAUCUAUCUAUCUAUCUAUCUAUCUCCUUUUCCAAGUCUGCGAGUGCACCAAGUGCCAAUUCUUCAACUCCUUCCAUUUUUGUCUUAAUCCCUCCAACCACAAAAGCGCAAUUCACUUCCUUCCCCGGGCGAUUCGAUUGGCUCCUUCACAUUGUUUCAUUCUUUCUUUGACAUACCUUCCUGAAUUUCCUUGUUUUUUUCUUUGUCUUUUACACUUCUUUCUGCUCCUUUCUUUCUUUCUUUCUUUCUUUCUUUCUUUCUUUCUUUCUUUCUUUCUUUCUUUCUACUUCUUCCCGCACUUUUCUUUCUUUCUUUCUUUCUUUCUUUCUUUCUUUCUUUCUUCUUCUUCCCGCACUUUUCUUUCUUUCUUUCUUUCUUUCUUUCUUUCUUUCUUUCUUUCUUUCUUUCUUUCUUUCUUUCUUUCUUUCUUCCCGCACUUUUCUUUCUUUCUUUCUUUCUUUCUUUCUUUCUUUCUUUCUUUCUUUCUUUCUUUCUUUCUUUCUUCUACUCAGUCAUUUUGUUUGUUUCAUUCUUUCUUUGACAUGCCUUCCUGA